CAUUUCGCUUGCAUUUCGUAGUAGCUACAUUUUCUGUCGUCUAGUUGUGGAGAAAACCGCUUGUUCCAUUAUUUCUUAAUUUUAUUUGCAAUCGUCCAUCUAAAUAAUAUAAAUUAUUGGAUCAAGCUUCUUGUACAUUAUUGCAAGAGCUUAAAGUGCUAAAUAUCGAUAUUAGGUGAAGGCGAGACUUAAUUUACCGGAGAACACAUAUUCUGUGGAGCCUUCAAAGGUUGCAAAAGGCCUAAAGUUCGUCUAAUAAUCAAAUCAGCGUCCAAUCGCCAAUUAUGACCAAGAAAAUGAAGAUGAAGCGCGAAAAUAACGACGACGGCCCACACUCCGACAAGCGCAGUCGUCGCAAUGACGAUCAAAUUCGCAUUCUUAUCCCUAGUAAUAUUGCGGGCGCAGUCAUUGGCAAAGGUGGCCAGCAUAUCCAAAAAAUGCGCACUCAGUAUAAAGCCACUGUAUCUGUCGACGACUCUCAAGGCCCCGAACGUACCAUAUUGAUAUCAUCGGAUUUGGAGUCAACACUACAGAUUGUAGCCGAGAUGCUGAAAUACUUCGAAGAGCGCGAUGAUGAAGUUGAUGUACGAUUAUUGAUCCAUCAAAGUCUUGCUGGGUGUGUAAUCGGCAAAGGAGGCCAAAAGAUCAAGGAGAUACGAGAUAAAAUUGGAUGUCGUAUUUUGAAGGUUUUCUCGAAUGUUGCACCGCAAAGUACAGAUCGAGUGGUGCAAACUGUCGGCAAACAGUCCCAGGUGAUUGAUGCUAUACGUGAGGUUAUCUCGCUGACAAGAGAAACCCCCAUCAAGGGUCCAGUCCAUAAUUAUGAUCCAACCAAUUUUGAUCGUAUGUACGCCGACGAAUAUGGUGGUUACGGCUCUGGUGGUGGCGGCGGCAACGGUGGUGGUGGUGGUGGUGGCAACAAUCGCCAGUCGCGUGGUGGACGCGGUGGUGGCGGUGGCGGUGGUAAUGGUGGUGGCGGCGGCGGCGGCGGCAAUUUUGGCAACGAUCGUGGUGGACGAAAUGAUCGUAGUCGCAGCGGCGGCCGGCGUGAUAAUCCAUUCAUAAAUCCAUGGGCUAACGAUGAUGGUUUCGGAGGCAAUAAUGGUGGUGGCAAUUUCGGCGGUGGUAACUUUGGAGGAGGCGGUUUCGGUGGCGGUAAUUUCGGCGGCAACGGCGGUGGAUUUGGUGGAAAUAAUGGACCAUCUGGUAACUUUGGCGGCGGUGGCGGUGGUGGUGGCGGUGGCUUCGGUCCUGGCAAUCAAGGCAACUUUGGUGGUGGCAACCCAGGUGGCGGUUUCGGUGGCAACCAAAUGAAUAGCGGUGGAAACUUUGGUGGCGGCGGCAUGAAUCAAGGCGGUGGAUUCGGUGGGCCAAACAAUAACAAUGGCAUGGGAUCUGGUGGUGGUGGUAUGGGAUCAGGUGGCUCUGGGGGUUUCGGUCCAGGACCCAACAACAAUGGACCGAAUGGUGGUAAUUCCGGAAAUCUUCCGAAUGGUCACGAUCCUAAAAACAGCACGCAGGUUACCAUCCCGAAAGAUUUGGCUGGUGCUAUAAUUGGCAAGGGAGGCGGCCGUAUUCGCCGUAUCCGUAAUGAGUCUGGUGCCUACAUUACUAUCGACGAACCGUUACCUGGUUCAACUGACCGUAUCAUCACCAUUUCCGGUAACCCUAAGCAAAUCCAAAUGGCCCAGUAUCUUUUACAACAGAGGUUGGUGUCGAACACAUCCUAAAAUGUGCACGAGAACAACGGUCGGCGAAACUUCUAAGUCAUACAUCGCCAAGCUAUGGAUGUCAGAAUGCGUCCAUGUUUUUGACAAACAAAAAAUAUAUACGCAAAAAAUAUUACCUUUAAGACUUACAACCUCCUUAAAUUUCAUUAAUUCUACACUUAAUAUGAUUUUAUUCAGAAAUCUACGUUUUUAAUUAAAUUAAAAGAACAAUUAACAAUUAAAAAGACCAAAUAAGCAAACUAUAAUAAGAGUUGAUUAAUUUUUUGUGUAAAUUCCCACCAUAUCUUGAUUAUUGUCAUACCAGCUAAGUUCUUAUAAAUUCCAAAUGAGUGUAAGAGGGAUCAUAAUACAAGCAUACAUACAUAUUUACAGUCCGAGCGCUUGGGAUAUCCUUUCGAUAUUGCAAAAAUGUGAUUUUAAUGUUUUCCAAACACAAUGCCGAACAUUGCGUCCGAUCUGUUGAUGUUAUAGGUCUUGAAAAGUGAACUUGUGAAAUGUGUAUGCACCCUUUUACAAUAGUCUCAUUGUAUUAAUCAAUUGUCGGAAAUUUAUUCUUUGACGACGUGCAAGACGUGACGAAAUGGAGAAAAAAUAUUUAAGAUUCUGUCUAUUGGAAGUGGAAAGUGUCACUAUUUCAUGAAGUAAGUUCCGUUAACAUCAGCGGGUUGGAUGAAACACCGUUACAGAAGUAAAUGUCUAGAAUGCUCUGAUGAAAAUAUUAAAAACACGUUUUUCUUUCUAAGGGGGGAUAGCCACAAUGCUACGGACUGUGUAUGUAGAUGAUUAACCCAAAAUUUUGAUUUACAAAAACAAGUACUAUUAUACCAAAUAGAUUACAAACUAACUGCAUUAGUUGUAAGGUCUAUUAAAAUUGCAACUGAGAGUUCGCGUAGUUUUUAGCAGUUUCAUUUGUGGAAACUUGUGCAUACCAUACAACCAACAAUUUACUAACUAUAUUGUAAAAGAUGUAAUUGUUCAGACAUUACACAGAGAAUUACGUGGUCUGCUAUUUUUCUUCUCGCUAUUUAAAUAAGUAUAUAGAAUUCUUGUUCUAUACGCAUAAAGCGAACUUUGUAAGAUUUCAAAGUACAUAUAAUAAAGAUAUAAAUAUAAAAUAAA